ACACUCUCCAUCAAUCGUCUCCUCCCCAAGGCUUUUCGGAACUGCUUCAUCGGUUCCCCUUCCCCAGUCGCUCAGUAGCGUCAUCUUAAAACCUUCAUCAUGUCUCGCGGUGGCACCACUCUCUACGUGACCGGCUUUAGCCACGGUACCCGCGCUCGCGACCUCGCCUACGAGUUCGAACGCUAUGGUCGCCUUGUGCGUUGCGACAUUCCAGCUCCUAGGUCGACAUCUAGCCGUCUCUUCGCAUUUGUCGAGUAUGAGGAUCGUCGCGAUGCCGAUGAUGCUUACCACGAGAUGCACAACAAGCGCAUUGGCCGUGACGACAUCCUGAAGAUCGAGUGGGCCCGUACUCCUCCUUCCGCAUCCUGGCGUUUCGAGUCCGGUCGCGACCGGGACCGUCGUGGUGGUGGCCGCUCUCCCCGUCGGGGACGUUCGCCCUCCCCUCGUCGCAGCACUCGCGAAUACUCGCCCCGCAAGGACGAGCGACGUGACCGGGACCGCGACUACGACCGAGACAGCCGCCGCGAUCGGGACCGCUCUCGCAGCCCCGACCACCGGGACCGUGAGCGUGAUUCCAAGGAUGAGCGCGAUGACCGUGACCGAAGGGAGAACGGUGUUAACGGCGACGAGCGAAAGCCCCUGGACAGCCCCCCUCCUGCCCAUGACGACCUCGAUGUCGCCGAGUAAUCUUGUCGCUUGCAGCAUUGGGAAGGCCCGCCGGGUAUUGGCCGGGCUCUUCACGCAAAAGUUUCUGCUUUCUGACUGGCCCUCGGCUGCUUCCCUCACUUGACAGGUUCAAGAUGUUUUAAUAUUGAUUGAAUAACCCGACCAGGUGCAUGGUAGCGUACAAGCAGCGACGUCAGCCAUAAGGUCCGGUAGGGUAACCUUGUUUUCCAAGACUGGUGGUUUUCGCCACGGCACGUUUCAUUUGGAAGUAGUACUCAUUCGUAGGUAGUUUAGACUGUUUAUACUGUAACAUGUUUCAGCGCAACGGGUC